GGGUAAAAGCUCCUUAUAUUCAUAUUGUGCUCUAAGACUGAAUAGCACUUAGGAGGAAUGGCGCAGAUCCUUGAACUAUCAUGUAUUCUAUGGUUAUUCUCUAUCUAAUCAACCCGUCAAAAAGCCUCUCCUUUACUGUGACUGGGAUGCGAUUUACCGGAUCAUUGUAUACCAGACUAUGACGCUAUUUAUUCUGAUAAGAAUUCUGCAUCUACACAAUGACUUCAAUGAGUGCAUGGGUUGCGCCGCUGGUUGAACGUACUCUUUCUCUUUACAUCAAGGGACAAGUGGAAGGCUUGCAACUCGAGGACGAUGGCAGUAACCUCCGUUUUGCUAGUCGCUCUCCACAGUACACUAUAGUUGUCGAUUGGAGAGAAAGCGAAGGGAGAAACGUGGCAACUUUGACCGACUUCAACACGCAGAUUGAGGCGGUACUAGCAAAGGAAUCCUUGGAGGAACUACAAAAGGAGUCACCUGGUCGUUCAUUAAACAGAAAUGCGACCUUAAACCAUUACAUCCAACUGCUUGACUAUGAGAUCGUGCUCGAAUAUGCCAUGUCUGCUCCGAAAAUUCAUCUUUACGUCAAGAACUUUACUAUUGCAAGGAAUAAGGGCAAGUACAAAGGCGCGCCACAAGGCAAAUUAAUCAAGAAGAAUGCACGUAUACGAGGAUUGAUAGGAAAGGCCUUUGAUUUUAUCAAGUCUCAAGCGACUCGCCACACUGCGAGUACACCAGAAUCGUACUGCUUCGACGGCUCUUUGAAGACUCAAACUAAUGAGGGUUCUGGAAAGCAUGCUUCUCAACAGUUUCUACAGUCGCAGGCCCAGACAUCCUUCAAAAGUAUUACCGGACUUUCAUCUAUGGUUCCCCCAUCCCCAUCUAAGCGUGGCUCGGUGUCUUCAAACGCACUACUCGGAUACCUAGGAUCUCAUAACAAAGCAGCCGACAGUGGCUUGCUAGUAAAUAAAGAGCAUAAAACAGCUGCUAUGUCACUCAGCCAUGGAUUUUCCGGUAUAACUGAGGUAAGAGGAAGUAAUGGUCACGCUGCUAAAAGUACCAGUGAGAUUCCCGUCGUUGAAGGAACCCUGUUAUCUACGUCAGGCUCUCCCCUUGAACCGAUACUUGCUGCUCAACACAAUAGUCCUACUGCCCUAGAAGGGCCAUACGAUGCGGAUCACAAGGCAUCAGCUCAGGAAGCUGGUAUAAGAACGACCAAGGGGAGAGAUCUGAAACCUGAGAAUUUGACUACCGGGCACACUGUUGGAGAAAAGCACACCUCACCGCCCCAGACGUUUCCAAAAAAAUUGGUGCUUGGUACGGAGCGCUCUUCUAAUGGCUCGGGUCUUAGCCAUACUGACCCUUGGCAUGACAUGACACGUAUUCGGACUAGGGACGUGAGGAUACCCAAGAACCAAGUUGCAUUGCUUGAACAGCACACUCGUCAAUGGGUGCCACCCGAUAACCCAAGCUCGAUUCGAGGCUAUGUGCCACCUGGACUUCUAGCCCAAUGGAACAGGAUCGCGCUACAGAAGAGCCGGCUAGAUCAACAGAGAGUAUCGAAGAGCUUGGUUUCCGAGCAGGCUGAGUCUCCCGAACCAUUACCAGAGAUCAACACUCCUACACCUCAAACAGAUGUAGAGUCUGAUGAGGAGCCCGUAACUUCACAAUGGUCUGAGAGCUCUCCGGAGCGUGUUUCCCGUCCUCUUCGCGAACUUCCGGUAGACAGUAGCCCUGUGACUCGGGGGCCGGCAAAGAAAGGCAAGGGCUUACAUGUUACAAGAUCAGACAUUGCACGAGAAGACCAGCAACAAGGGGAUGAUGGUACAGUUCUAGUAAGCAAAAUUCAGCAGGGUGACCCGAUCGCAGACAUGCCGUCUGAGAACGAUCGACUUGCAAACAAGCAGCAGAUCUUUGAGCCAGAUCAUAAUGAUACUAGAGCUUCCGAGCUUGGUUGUCAAGCACACUCUGAUGCAGAAAGCGAGGAUUCAAUCAUGGACACAUCCGUUCCCUGUCCAUUGGGAGGGUCACAACUAUCAAACUUUACCAACCAAUCGGAGCAAGGACUCAUCAGCUCUGGGUCCUCACUCCCUAUAAUACGGGGGCAUGUACAAGUUCUAGAGACACCCAUAGCUAACCUCAAUCAUUUACGUUCCACAAGCCUAGGCCAGAACAAGGCUGUUCUAGAGGCAAAGCACCCGGAACAGUUAUCAUCCCAGGUAGCCAAAUCGUCAUCUCAAUCACGCAUCUUCAACACAUACGCAAGUAACGACGGCGACACAAAAGACACUAAGACGACCGACAUCUCAAGGACCAAUGACGAUGAGGAGUCCAACGAUAAUGAAAUCCUUGAGACUCAGCCGAGUAACGGCGACUGGUUGGUGCAAGAUGCAACCCCUGACUCCCACACUGCCUUGGUCUUUGACUCGUCGGCGCCGAAGGCGCAUGUCUCAAAUGCUUCUAUACCUAUGUCUACACUCGAAUCGCAUGACUCAAAGCCAUUUCCGUCGCACGAUGAGGUACUAUCUUCUAUGGGCUUCGAGGGGAACGAACCGGACAUAGAGCUAAGUCAGGGAGUGGCGCGUGGCACGCCUGUUGAGCAAAGUCAGAUAUCACCUUUAAAGCGCGCUGCGUCUGAUAUUGGUCUUGAAGAGCCACCCUCGUCGAAACGGUAUAAGUUCAUGCGAAGCGUAAACACCAAUAUGUCUACUAUCGGUGUACGCAGAUCAGCGCCCGUUGUAGUUUCUCGUCGGGAGGAUUAUAUUCGCUACUCCGCGGAGCACUUUGAGGCGCAGCGGGUAUAUGAGAAGUUCCGAAAUGAUUAUCCAAGCUAUUCUGGAGAUUUUCUACACUUCAAGAAACUGUGUGCUAUGUUGCAGACUCUACGUGACAAAGGAAGCCUGCAGCGAUCUUUCCUCUGGGACAGUUUUGUUAUCAUGCACCUGGAAGACUAUCCACAUUACCUAGAGCAAUGUCUUUCUUCGGAGACGAAGUCGUUGGUGUACGAAGAUUAUUUCACAUUGCACUUUUCCAAACCAACUCACAAGAAACGAAGUCUUACCGCAGAAGGAAUCAAAGUAGUUGCGGCACAGAACGUACUUACGAGCAGGUCAGAUGCGAGUAUGAGUCCAUUUCGAAGACAAAAUGCAACAGAAACCUCGUUUACAGCCAGCCUUGUGGACAAGUUUUCUAACUUUCACGCACACUCCCUUGGACCCGCAACGCAGCAAAGCGCCCAGUCUGACACCAAUGUUGAUAGGAUGUCGUUUACUAUGUCAUCCCCUACUCCGCAUACUAAGACUUUGUUGCGUACACCUGCCGAUGUUCAUAAUCCCCAGGUUGGAGAGCAUGAUAUAGAGGCCAAGGAACAACUGCCAGAGGCCGCGGCAGAGCAAUUAGCAGCCGAGGAGCAGCAAGUAGAAACCGAGAGACAGCAUUCAGAUACCGAAGAACAAGUCUCUGAAACUGAAGAACAGUUACACAUGGAGAUGACCACCCAGCUCAGCACACUGAGGGACCUCGCAAAUGAUAAGGAGUCCGUUAUUGUAGAAAGCGAAACCAAUAGUGAGGAAUACGAGUUAAUGAACGAAACGCACGAAACAGCCAGCAUUGAACUCGGGGAUGAAGAACCCUCCACGGCUCCUGAUGCGCCCCUUUCAGACAAUGAGACUGGAGCACCGAGCGAAGCAGAAAGUCCCAACGAAAACUGGUUUCUCUCCCUUCGACAUCUCUUCCCAACCGUCCCCAACUGGUGUGACGGCCCCAAUACACCCUUCAAAAGAUGGGCACAGGCAGACCAGAACGCCUUCGUGGAACGCAAAUCUCGUCGCAAUUGGGCACGUGUUCCUAUAGAUGAUAAGGGAGUACCUCAGCGACCUUAUGAUUCCAAUCCUCCUGAAUGAAUUUUAUCGUGCAAAGCGCCAAAGACGCCUACCUAUUCGGGGUCCCCCUCCACCCUAUUUCUGCUUUUUCAUAUUUAUUUCGGUCCAAAUAUUCCCGUACCGACUUUUCAUUCUCACCUCACUUGUAUGGCAGGUCUAGUUCAUGAUGUGUUUCACGUAAUAUCCCUGUUGUAUGGCGUUUGUGUCUUGAUCUUCAUGAUUUAGAGAUUGAUGUGGGUGAUGGUGGGGAGAAGUCGAUUUCCCUGUAUUUAUAUUCUGUACCAACGAGGACCGGUGGAUUCGUGGCUGGUAUGCAAUAUUAAACAAUGCAAGUUUUAUGACAGGUUUCAAGUCCGUA